AAACGGGAAGAACAAAAUGGCUCAAAUAAAGAUUCCGAAGGUGGAAAAUGUGAGGAUUUUGGAUAAGUACAGUAACAACUACUCUGUCGGGACUCUUUACUUAACUGUAACUCAUUUAGUAUUUAUGGAACGAAGCGGAAAGAAAACGAUUUGGGUCUUGUAUACUCAUAUUUCGAAUAUAGAGAAGCAACCUUUAACUACUACUGGCUCACCGUUGUGUAUUAAAUGUAAACACUUUUUUAUUGUAACAUUUAUCAUUCCGAAGGAACGAGACUGUCAUGACAUAUAUCAAACAUUAUCCAAGUUAUCUUGCCCAGUAAGUCUAGAAGAUCUUUAUUGUUUUAAAUACCAAGCAAGUAGGGACACCUUACCACAGCACGCAGGAUGGAAUUUUUUUAAUGUACAAAGCGAGUUUCAGAGACAGGGUGUCCCAAACGAAGAAUGGUCUCUAUCUUAUCUGAAUACAAAGUACGAGCUAUGCGACACUUACCCCAAGUAUUUGUAUGUACCCAGUACAUGCACGAACAGUACCUUGAUGGGUAGUGCAAAGUUUAGAAGUAGAGGAAGGUUACCGGUAUUAACAUAUUUACAUUCUAACAAGGCUGCAAUUUGCCGAUGUAGUCAGCCUCUAUCAGGAUUCAGUGCCCGGUGUCCGGAAGACGAGCAAAUGAUGUACAAUAUCCUAUGUAUGAAUCCCAAUUCCAAGUAUAUGUAUGUUGUAGAUACAAGACCGCGCGUGAACGCCUUCGUCAAUAGAGCUGCGGGGAAAGGAUAUGAAAACGAGAACUUUUACGAUAACAUAAAGUUUCAUUUCUUUGGUAUCGAGAACAUACACGUGAUGAGAACCAGCCUGAGCAAACUGAUAGACCUACAGAGAACGUCUUCGAUGAGCGCGUUCUUAAGCGGAUUAGAGAACAGCGGAUGGCUGAAACAUAUAAGAUCCAUAUUAGAAACCGCAUGGUUCAUUGCUAGAGCAGUUUUCAGCGGUGUUAGCGUGGUAGUGCAUUGUAGCGAUGGCUGGGAUCGCACCGCUCAGGUGUGUUCGUUGAGUGCGCUCUUAUUGGAUCCAUUCUACAGAACGAUUCAAGGUUUUCAAGCAUUAAUCGAAAAAGAUUGGUUGUCAUUCGGACACAAGUUCAGUGACCGUUGUGGUCACGUUAGCAGUGAUAGCAAAGAAUUAGCACCGAUUUUUACGCAGUUCAUCGAUGCGUCGUAUCAACUGCUGCAACAGUAUCCGCAUAAGUUUCAGUUCAACGAACUGUUCUUGUUGACUCUGCACGAUGACGUGCACAGUUGCGAGCAUGGUACUUUCAUAGGAAACUCGGAAAAGGAAAGACAGAUGCUCAGGGUAUCGGAGAGAACGUAUUCCUCGUGGGGACACAUGGCGAACAAUAUGCACGAAUACAUAAAUCCGCUUUACAAACGCAGUCGUCAGAACGACGAAACCGAUACUGUUCUUCAGCCGAAAUUGGCUCCGCAGAGCAUCAUUUUAUGGCGAGGAAUGUAUUUUCGAUUUGAGAAUGGCAUUCAUCCCAGAGAAACGUGGGAAGAUCAUCUAUUAAUGAUGCACGAUCACACCAGUUGCUUGGAAGAUCAUGUAAAGCUUCUUGUGAAGAGAGUCGGUGCCUUGAGUUCAACGCUGAACUCGAACAAUGUUCAGAAAAAGGGCCUACAAGGGAAACAGAAAUUUGAUAAUAAAUACGCGAAAGAUCCUCUGUCCGAGACGAUCAUAGAAAAUACAGUGAACCACGAGGAGAAGAAUAAGAAUAAUAUGCAAAUUAGUCAGCUGGAGAAUGAAUUGAAGUCAGUCGCCUUGGAUUGGAAACCAGCGAGAAAUGUGGAAGAAUGUUCAUGUUCCACUACGUUUGACGCGUUUAAUCGAAAGCAUCACUGUUGGUCAUGCGGCGAAGUGCAGUGCACAAGGUGCAUGGGUGCACACACGGUUCUUCCUGGUCACUUUUCGCAACGUGCUGUACCUACUUGUGAGUCAUGUACUCAGAAUUCCAGUAUUCCGUCGACUAGUCCCUAAGUAAAUCUCUCUGAAUAUUUAAAUUCGUGAUUUCUACCUAGGAUGUAUAUUAAAA